CACUUGCUGAGAUGCCCCCGUGACGCCAUGAUUCGUGCCUGCUACAGAGUAUUUUCGGGGUCCAGUGUGCCAUCCCGGUACACACGGGGCAGAACAGUCGAGACUUUGUGCCAUGUGGCCAAACUCGCCCGACUCGCCGGAUUAACAUCAGACUUCAAUUGUUGCUGAACUCGGGUUCCAUAGUUUUCUUGUUUCUUUGUCUGUCAACGGCACCGCAUCUUGAGCUGGCCGAUUCCCCUACUUUUCCGUCAGCAACGGCAAUCCUCUUUUCCUGGUUUGCUCCUUCUCGCGGCGCGGCACAGCCUGCCUGCCUGCCUGUUUGCCUGUUUGUCAACACGAAACCUAUCACAAGAUCAUCUAAAGUACAUCUUACAUUCUUCCUGCUACGAAAAUAUCAUCAGCACCGGGUAACCCGGGUCAACCGGACGGCAAUCUUCACAUACCGGGGAGCGGUUGUGGACUAGCCGUCAAGGCCGGGCGUCAAGAUGAUCGACCAUGUAUUGGGACGGCCAUCUGUCAAGUCGCGUCGACUGCAGGUUCUCGCCGUGGUGGCCUUUUGGUCUGCGUACCUGGCUAGGGGCAACAAACAUGGACCUCCUGUGCUGCGCUGGAUGUCGCAAUUACUAUCCAAAUAUCUCACAGCAUGGCAGACCGUCGUCAUCACCAUGAUUUACCUCUACGGCGCCCGCAACUUCAGUACCCUCGUCGGCCUCGCGAGCCCCGAUCCCCUGAGCAAUAUGUACGACGCCACCUACUUCCGCGCCACCUGGGUUCUCACAGCCCUCGACGCCGGUUUUUGGACCGCCAUGAAGAUCAGCAACAAGACCCUGCGUGACCUCGCGAGCAUCGCCUUUUCCGUAUUCUACAUGAUCGCCGCAGAGCAGGCCGACGAGAAGGUGCGCAAGGUGCGCGGCAACAUCACGGUCGAGCAUAUGCGCGUCAGCUGGAACAAGGGCAGUCAAUCACCCUACCUACGUUUUCUGCAGAAGCUUGUCAGCCCGCAGUUUACCAAGUGGCCGCCACGGCAGGUCCGUAUCCCGCGCCCUGCCGCAAGCGACUACAAGGAACCGGUCUCGGCAUGGCUUUAUUUUGACGGGCCAUUGUCCAAGUUGAAGAAGCACAACCGUAUCAUUUUGGAUAUCCCUGGGGGUGGUUUUGUAGCCAUGAAUCCCAGGUGCAACGACGACAAGCUGUUCGCGUGGGCUGGGAAGACGGGCUUGCCAGUGUUGAGUUUGGAUUACAAGAAGGCGCCCGAAUAUCCGUAUCCGUAUGCGCUUAACGAGUGCUACGAUGUUUACACCACCAUCAUCAAGAGCCGCGGCCAGUGUAUUGGCUUAUCCGGGGACGAGAUUCCUAAAGUCGUCAUCACGGGUGACAGCGCCGGCGGGACGCUAGCAACCUCUACGACGCUGAUGAUUAUCGAGAGCGGCUCGUCGCCCGUCCGCCGCUUCCAGGGACAGACGGACCUCCCUGUCCCAGACGGCCUGAUUCUAUUCUACCCAGCACUCGACAUGAACAUCGGUAGUUGGAUGUCAGACGAGCAGAUGGCACUGAUCAAGGAUCGCCGCAUGCGCGGGACCAAUAAGCGCAUCGUCCAGCGCAAAAGGUCGCAGUAUAACGACCUGGUCGGCACGCCUCAUGGGUCGGACGACGAAGACGACGCCACGCCAUCGUCCAAUCCCCGCUCUAAAUCUCGCUCCAGCGCUGAGAUCGAGGAUCAGCAGGGCACCGCGGUCAUAUCGCCUACACACGUUCGCGACCCAGCGCCCGAGUACGCCAACCUGGGUCCAACCACUUGGAGCAAUGUGCACCAGGGCCCGCCAGCCCCCGCUUCCCCCGCGGCAACCACCGCCACACCACCCACCCCUAGCACCCAACCGGGCGCUUCCCACCGCCCGGAACCCAUGCGCACCCGCCUCGCCACGUCCUCUAUGAUCUCCUACUUCAACGACCGCGUUCUCACCCCUGAAAUGAUGCGGGCCAUGAUCAUCCUCUACGUCGGCCCGCACAACCGUCCCGACUUCUCCCAAGACUACCUCCUGUCACCCAUCCUCGCCCCUGACGUCCUCCUCUCCCGCUUCCCCAAGACCUACUUCCUCACCGGCGAGCGCGAUCCGCUGGUGGACGACACCAUCAUCUUCGCUGGUCGCCUGCGCAGGGUAAAAGCUGCGGCGAUGGCCAGCGGCGGGCAGCGCCUAGAGUACCAGGAUAGCGAUGCGCUGACGGAAGGGUUCGACGAGAAGGCGGUUGCCGAAGUCGCCCUGAUCCCGGGCAUCAGCCACGGAUUCCUGCAGUUUCCCAGCGUAUAUCCCCCCGCGUGGAAGCUGAUCGACCAGUCGGCGGGGUGGGCAGAGGAAUUGUUUGCCGAUGCGGAGAGGAAGGAAGGGGAGGGUUUGUGGGAGGAACGGGGGCGGCAGAUGGAGAGGGCUUUUGAGGGUGGAAACGGGAGUGCAAGUGUGGAGGAACAGAGUAAUGCGGAUGGGAGGCAUCAUUUUAGACGCGAGUCGAGCGGGGAUGAGGAUCAGCCGUUGGAGAUGAUGAGCAUGACGAGGUUGAAGGCGAAAAGUAUCAAAGAGACGGCGGCAACUCAUGCGAAUGAGGAUGGGGACGGGAAGGGAGAAAGAGGAGAGGGGGCAAAGGGGGCGCACAAUAGCGUCCGGAAGCCAAAUGGGCUUUCUAAUGGGCACGACCAAUCCCCCGUUGGCAGCGAGGAUAGGGAUGCCGAUGCCAGUCCUUAUCAAGCCCCUCGGCUCGGUCCCGGCAACGGCCGUGAUGUCUACCGCAACAAGAAGCCUGGGAGACGUGCGAGGACAAAGAUGGGCGAUGAUAAAAGCUUGGUCAAGCUGGCGAGUACGGAGGAUCUGCUCGGGAGGAGGAUGCAUGGGCUGGCCGGGGGGUUGACGGGGCUGCAGGAUGACCCGGAGUGAACAAACGAUACAUACCUCGGAGGGUGGGGGGCCUGUGCAGGGUAUGGAAAUAGAGUUACGGAUGUACAUAACUUACGGAGCUGGGUACUCGGAUAAGGGUACACCGGCGGGUAGUACAUUAACGAGCAUUCUUCUGA